UGGCAGUACUGUGUGUGUGCGGACAUGGCGCAGCAGGAGGAAGACACCACAGCUGUGAGAGACUGGCACAAAUUUGACGAGAGUCGCUUGGAAGAUUUCCUGUGCAGGCAGCUCCCAGGAUUUAGCUCUAUUGGAUCAGCGGGUCUGACAGUCAGGCAGUACAGAUCUGGCCAGUCCAACCCAACAUUUCUCCUUCAGAAAGGAUUAAAUAAAUAUGUUCUCAGAAAGAAACCACAUGGACCACUACUUCCUGGGGCCCAUCGGGUUGAGCGUGAGUAUGAGGUUCAGAAGGCCUUGUUUGUGACAGGGUUUCCAGUUCCUAGGCCCUUACUAUUCUGUCCAGAUACGACAGUGAUAGGAACUGAAUUCUAUGUGAUGGAACAUGUUCAGGGUCGAAUCUUCAGGGAUGUCACAUUACCAGAUGUCGGUACUGCUGAGAGAUCUGCUUUGUAUAUUGCGCUUACUGAAACGUUAGCUCGGCUCCACUCUUUUGACAUUCACACACUAAAUCUUACUGGUUAUGGAAAAGGCAAAGGAUACUGUCAGAGACAGGUAAACACUUGGAAAAAGCAAUAUGAAAGGUCUGCCCACAUUGAUAUACCAGCCAUGAACAAUUUAGGGAACUGGCUAAGUAAUAAUUUGCCACAAAAUGAUAAUGAAGAGUCAUUGAUCCAUGGAGAUUUCAGGAUUGAUAAUGUAAUCUUCCAUCCAAAAGAGGCCCGUGUGAUAGCUGUUCUAGACUGGGAAUUGUCUACCAUUGGGCAUCCUAUGACAGAUCUUGCUUACUUUACUUCCUUUUAUUAUUGGCCUAAAGAAGUCCAGUUACUUGGACAUCCUAGUGACAAAACAUCUACUGAUGUAGAUGGAUUGCCUGCGUUUCAGGAUUUGAUGAGUAUUUACAGUCGCUGCCGAGGUGUCUCCUUACCAGUUCCUAAUUGGAAUUUUUUCUUAGCACUUACAUUUUUUAAAAUUGCAGGGAUAUUGCAGGGUGUCCAUGCAAGGUUUCUUAUUGGAAAUUCCAGUGGUGAGAACGCAAGUAUAUUUGCUGAAAUGGUUCAACCUCUGGCAGAGAAUGGGCUGAAGCUGGCAGAACAGCAAAACAGCAUGGUUAGAGAGCCUUCUCGCUAUUCUGGAGAGCUGUUCAUACAGAGUCCCAAAGGACAGAAAGUCUUGAAGAAGGUGAAGCAGUUUAUGGCGCAGCAUGUGUACCCAGCCCAGCAGGAGGUUUUGGAUUAUUAUACUACACAUGAAAACUCACCACUGCGAUGGAAAAAGCCUGAGGUCAUUGAAAAGUUAAAGGAAAUGGCAAAAGCAGAAGGGCUGUGGAAUUUGUUCCUACCGGCCAUCAGCAGCCUAAGUCAAACUGAUUAUGCAUUCAUUGCAGAGGAAACUGGAAAAUGUUUUUUUGCCCCAGAGGUUUUUAAUUGUCAGGCCCCAGACUCUGGCAACAUGGAGGUCCUUCACAUGUAUGGCACCGAGGAACAGAAAAAAAAAUGGCUCGAGCCUCUUCUUUCUGGGCAAAUCCAGUCCUGUUUCUGCAUGACUGAACCUGAUGUGGCUUCUAGUGAUGCCACCAACAUGGAAUGCAGCAUUCAGAGGGAUGGAGAUAGCUAUGUGAUCAAUGGGAAAAAGUGGUGGAGUAGUGGAGCGGGAAAUCAAAGCUGCCAAGUAGCAAUUGUGAUGGGAAAAACUAAAAACACCUUGGCUUCAAAAUACAAGCAGCAUAGCAUGAUUAUUGUACCUAUGGAGACAAAAGGUGUAGAAGUUGUGAGAGCCCUGAAAGUGUUUGGCUAUGAAGAUACUCAGCAUGGUGGGCAUUUUGAGGUACACUUCAAAAAUGUAAGAGUUCCAGUGUCUAAUUUAAUUUUGGGGGAAGGAAGAGGGUUUGAAAUUGCUCAGGGGCGUUUGGGCCCAGGUCGUAUUCACCACUGCAUGAGAACAAUAGGAGCUGCUGAGAGUGCACUGCAGUUAAUGUGUGAAAGAUCUGCCCAGCGGCAAACCUUUGGGAAAAAGCUUUAUCAGCACGAGGUGGUCUUACACUGGAUUGCUGAAAGCCGCAUUGCUAUUGAACAAGCACGAUUACUCACACUAAGUGCAGCCAGAGCCAUAGACACAGUUGGGAGUGCUCGUGCAAAGAAACAGAUUGCUAUGAUUAAAGUGGUUGCUCCAAGGAUGGCGUGCAAGGUUGCAGAUCGUGCAAUUCAAGUGUUUGGUGGGGCUGGGGUUUCCCAAGACUUCCCCCUGGCAUCCAUGUAUGCAGCUAUUCGUACUCUCCGUAUAGCAGAUGGUCCUGAUGAAGUGCACCUUUCAGCCAUUGCAAAACUGGAAUUAUUGGAACAAUCAAAGCGGCUUUCUGCUAAAAUCUGACAGCUGGAUUGUGUUCAAAAAAUGAAAUCGAAUGACAUAAAGAAAAGGUUCACUGGAUGCUUGACUGUGACUUGGCCACCUGCGUGCAUGUGAAGAUCUCAUAAAAUAAUGCCAAUAGGAUGAAGUAUCACAGAUCUUAUCUUAAGAAGCUGAUGUUUAAAGGGGCACUUGGGUUUUUUUAACUGGAUUUCCCUACCAUAUAUUGACUGACCUAGUUUCUUAUAGUUAUAGCCAUAAAACAGGGUUACCCAGACUUUUAUUGAACCUAUUGCAUCAGGAUGUACUUCUCCAUUAAACCUGGAAUUUCACUGCUUUUAUAGAAAACAUAUUGUUAUAGAAAAUAAAAAUACCUGAUUCUAAACCGAUUAAAGGGGUUGUUCACCUUAACUUUUAGUAACCUAAUAGUAGGAAGAUCCCAGAAAGAUGAUCUAACUGAACUGUGGACUGCAGACGUUGCAUAAAAUUAAUGCCACUUAUUAUAGGUACUUGUGUCCAAAGCUGAUUUUUGCACUUCUGCAUAGUUGCACUUGGUGCCAUUGUAUCUAUCCUACUUUUUGCUGCCAGUGCUGCACAAGUGCAACUCUACUACCAUUCCAAGGGUUGUAUUCAAAUUUGCAGUUUGCACACAGCACUUGCGGUUAUAAGUGACCUAUUUUGUUGUUUUAUAGUUUCCACGAAAAGGGAGCCAAUAAUUUCCUGUGCUGAUUUCUGUCUGGCCAAUCCAGCCGGACGUGGGCAGGCACCAUGUAUAAUGUUCUGUCUGACCAGAGCUGCCAGGUCUAAUUU